GACUGUUUCAAGUUCCCCCCCUCCGGCUGAAACCCUGCCUGAUUUGUGGGCAAUGUUGGGGAUGUAGAAAAAAAAGGAAACCGGAGCAAAGAGAGCGCAAGGGAGAGAUAGGGAGACAACACUAACUGGGUAGCUAUGGAGAUAGUAGGUUUUCCUGGUAGCUUUCUUUGACAGGUGUCGAGUGGGAUAAAAUAAAGUGUCAGAACAGCCUCCAAGAUGUACGGCAAAGGUAAAGGAGCUGUGGUCCCCUCCGAUAGCCAAGCGAGAGAAAAGUUAGCGUUAUAUGUGUACGAGUACCUGCUACAUGUCGGAGCACAGAAGUCAGCACAGACCUUCCUGUCUGAGAUUCGAUGGGAGAAGAAUAUUACAUUAGGGGAGCCCCCUGGAUUCCUCCAUUCGUGGUGGUGUGUAUUCUGGGAUUUGUAUUGUGCAGCUCCAGACCGAAGGGAGACAUGUGAACACUCCAGUGAGGCCAAGGCCUUCCAUGACUACAGCGCGGCGGCGGCGCCCAGCCCUGUGAUGGGCAACAUGCCCCCCAACGACGCCAUGCCAGGUGGUCCCAUGCCCCCAGGCUUCUUCCAGGGACCACCCGGCUCUCAGCAGUCCCCCCACGCACAGCCCCCCCCACACAACCCCAGCAACCCAAUGAUGGGACCCCAUGGCCAGCCUUUCAUGUCACCACGGUAUCCAGGUGGGCCGCGCCCCUCACUCCGAAUGCCAAAUCAGCCUCCUGGAGGAAUCCCAGGAUCUCAGCCUCUCCUGCCAAACAGUUUGGACCCCACAAGACCGCAAGGACAUCCCAACAUGGGUGGACCAAUGAGAAUGAACCCUCCUCGAGGAAUGGCCAUGGGCCCACAGAAUUAUGGUGGCAUGAGGCCUCCUCCCAACUCCAUGGGUGGUCCAAUGCCAGGAAUGAACAUGGGUCCCGGAGGAAGAGGGCCUUGGCCAGGACCUAAUGCUAACUCUAUAGCCUACUCCUCCUCAUCUCCAGGAAACUAUGUGGGUCCACCAGGCGGAGGAGGUCCACCUGGAACUCCCAUCAUGCCCAGCCCAGGUGAUUCAACUAACUCCAGUGAAAACAUCUAUACAAUGAUGAAUCCUAUCGGACCCGGAGGCAACAGACCCAAUUUCCCUAUGGGUCCUGGGCCUGAUGGGCCAAUGGGAGCUAUGGGAGCCAUGGAGCCACACCACAUGAAUGGAUCACUAGGGUCUGGGGAUAUGGACGGGUUGCCAAAGAGCUCUCCUAAUAACAUGGGGGGCAUGAACAACCCUCCUGGAACGCCGAGAGAUGACGGCGAAAUGGGCGGCAACUUCUUGAACCCAUUCCAAAGCGAAAGUUAUUCACCCAACAUGACGAUGAGUGUGUGAUUUUAUUUUUCCUUUUUUUUUGUAUUUUUGUUUAUUUCCCCCUUCCCACCCACCCCUAUUUUUGUAUCCCUGCACCUGAUUUUUUUUUCUUUCCUUCAAUUCAAUCCUUACUUCACCUCGGAUUGGACCACCUCCCCUCCUCACACACACACCCACACACAAACACACAUCUUCUGCCUCCACAACUACCCAAACCCACCGCCACCUCCGCCCACUUUUCCCCCCUUUUCUUCUUCUCACUCGGGAAAACUCUUGCGGCCACACAGCCUUCUGGGACGGCCCUCGAGCAUGCUGGGACUCUGAUUAAGACGGGCCCUCCCGGAGCGUGCAAAAUGGCCGCCGGCGUGAACAGGAAGCAGUCACAGAGCAACAGGAAGAGCCUCCUCUCUGACUCCGGCCCCGGCCUCCCUGGCUUUCUGUCGGGGUCUAGACAAUGAGCGAGGGACGGAGGACAAACGGAGAGAAAAAGAGGGAGAGAGGAGACUGGAAAACACAGCCCUCCCUUACAGACGAGUGUCGGGUCUCUUAGCAGAUGCCUGGAAGCUUCUCAACCACGACUUUGGACUUUUUAUUUUUUAAUCCUAAUUUUUUUUGUCGCUGUUCCCGAUGGAUUCAGUGGAGGCUCGGACUAUGCGAUCCCCACUCUCGCCUCCCUUCACAUUGUUCUCUGUGCGUGUACAUUUGUAACAGAGGUGUUGUGAUGAUCAGUGAACAUGUUUUUUUUCCAUUUUUAAUUUUUUUUCGUGUAUGUAUUGUAUCAUUGCUAUUUUUAUUAUUGUAUUAUUGUUAUUAAUGAUAUUGUUAUGAUCAUUUUAAGAUUGGGUUCUAAUUUCUGUUGUGUUUAAGGGCACAUUGUUAUGAUGAAGACAGCGUAUGUGCACACAAAUCAGAAAUUCUUUGCUGUGUAUCAUGUGGCUCUGUUUGAGCACACUGCCCCCUGCAGGUAAGAUUUUUACCCGUCACGGUACAGAUUGGUCGUAUUUCAUAAAAAUCUUUCUUUGAAAAAAAAAAUCUAAAUUGUUUUUCUUGAUAAAACCACACGAGAAGAAGAAUAAAAAGAAGCAGCGCCUCCUGCUUUAGUAGCUUCCCUGCAGUGAAAUGCACAGCUCUAUUUAUUUAUGUACUUUUAAUUUGUCUUAUGAAUCAUUGUUACGUUUUUUUUUAAGUGUUAUCCCUGUCUUGUUUUUUUUGUCAACUGCAGAACUAGUAGCAACUGUGUAAAUAUGCAGAUCCACUCCUUCAUCUCCGUGUGGCGUCAGUAGACCCCUCUAUCCGAGCCCCACUCCCCCUCCAAAGGUGCUGAUUGUUUUAUCACAAGUGUCGACCAUUUCGACCCCACUCAUGCUGCUUCCACCGAUGCUUCCCACUUUGCUCCAUCGUGUACAUAGGUUGCGUCUGUCUGCUGACCUGUCGUGAACACUCGGAUUGUUUUUUGUUUUUUUUUUUGCUGAUAAGUUCUCAACACACUGUGAUGCACGUCUUUCUACGAGUUUUGCUUUCACACACCAGCCGGUCAGGUUAGCUUGCACACUUUUUUUUGUCGUCGCAGUGCUCCCUCUUCGCCGUCGUGUCCGGUGAGAGGACUUCUGGCCCCCUGCUGAUCGGAUCUCGGUGUUUUUUAUGCAGCAAGACGUUGCUCUGUUGACCGUAACGAGUGGCAUCCCUCCCUUUCGCUCACCUUGAACAAAAAACAAACAAACAAAAAAACACCUUCCCCUCCUUUUUCUUACCUUUCCAACAGGCCAGCAUCGACACACAGACACUCGGUAACACACCAUCCCUCUCUGAUUUUUUUUUUUUGUACAACUCUCCAUCUUUUUUUGACUUUAAUUUUUUGUAAAUACUGUAAAAUGCAUUUUGAUAUCAUUGACAUGUUUUUGAUAUUUCAAAUCACAACUUAACAGUUGAUCAGACUCGGGCGACUGCGUGUAUUUGUUCAGAGAUGGCGUGUCUUUUACUCAGAAAUAAUAUGAAUGACAAGAAACCGAAAACUGGAGCUGCUAUAGACGAUUAUGCUAUCUCACCUCAUCACAGACUAAACGUGGGGCUUUUACUGUGCGUCGAGGGGUCCGGCAGGACAAGGGAGGAAACUGUGUAGUCAGAGUGUGGGUGAACACACCAUUAGCUAACUCACUGUCACACACAUUUCCCUGAAAACUAAACACAAACUCUCCCUCUUCUGCCUCUGUUCCUGGAAACGUGGUUUGAAGUGGCCAAAAAGCUACUUAAAUGGGGAUAUAUUUUGUCAUUUUUGACAGGGAAUUUGCAAGAACAGAGCUAAAGAGGGCAGUUUUUUUUUUUUUUUAAUAAUAAAACUUCAGUGUGUGCCUCCGACACUCUGCAUUUCAGCUUUUACCCUCCUGACACGAAAGCAGGGCACGCAGGACACUGGCUCUCCAUCCAACACACCAGGGACCAGAGUACAUACUUUACUAUGAAGGAUUUUUUUAUCUAUUUAAAACGGGGCAGGAGAAAUGUUUGGGAAAGUAAAAAGAGAAGAAGGAAAAAAAAACACACGGACAGACUUGUUGCCGAGAAGAGGUAGAGGGAGUGCAGGAACAGGUGUUUCCUCCCCCUGUACUUUGAAAUACUGUUGUACAAAAUGCAGUCCAACUUCUCUCUAUCUUUCUGUCCUGUAAGUAAAGCCGUCACGACGUUGAUCAUUUCUGUAUUUCUAUCGUGCUGAUGUAUAAUACUGUAACAUUCGGGGGAAGGGAGGGUUAAGAGAGGACUUUCGGGGGAGGGGGUGGGGAGUAAAAAAAUUUUCUGUUCAGUUCCUCAUUUUUCCUCUUGAUGACAAAGCAGUAUUGAAUAUGAGGCAGUCUGUCCUUGGGGAGUUGCUUUGUAUCUCAUGUUAGGGUAGUUUCAGAUCCUAAAUGUCUCGUGUAGUAAAAUAAGAGGUUCCUUCGUAUGUUUCUUUAUAUUGUAAAAUUUCUUUAGACAAAAAAAUGUUGCUUAUUGGAAAAAAGGUGGGAAAUCUGCAUUGAUAAUUAAUGUAUUUUUUGUUUUUAUUUUUAUUUUUUUUCGGGUUUUAAUUUUCAUCAAGUUGUCAGUCGUUUUUUGCCUGUGUCCCCCUUGUUGUAGAUACAUAUUAAAAACAAAUAAAAUGACUUCACUCCUUUUGCCAUGAA